AUGAGUACAGCCAACAAACUUAAAAUAUUGAAAAAAUUGAAAAAAACUAGGAACAAUACUACUAACAGGAGAAUAAUUACAGGUUCCGAUACCACCAAAGACAAAAAAUUUGGGAUUUCUGAAGACGACAAGGAGGAAGAGGAAGAGGAGGAAAAGAUCUAUGAUUUAAUUGAUGAAAAUGAAUAUAGAACCCGUAAGAGACAAGAGUUAUUAAAAGAUGAUUUUGUAGUUGAUGAUGAUGGUAUUGGUGAGUAUGUUGACAACGGUGUGGAUGACUGGGAACACGAACAUAAUUAUUACACUUCUGAUGAAGACCAAGAUGAAGAUCUUGCUAUGAAUGGAAAAAUAAAAAAAUCAAAUAAAGCUAAAAAUACUAGCAACAUUUCAUCUUUAAUUACUAAGCACCAUUCAAAGUCAAAAAAUAAGGGUUCUUCCCUAAACACACUCACAUCUGCCACCAAUAUUGGCAAUAAUAACAAAAGGAAAAUUAAUGCCGAUGAUUUCGAUGAUAUAUUAGCCGAUUUUGACGAUUCUUUACCAAGUAUUACCAAUAUUAACACCCGUACUCACAAAGGACCAUCAUCAACAAUUAUGAGAAAUUCCAAGAAAAAUAACAACUUAAAUAGCUCAGGUCAAUUUACAGAUAAUCGUCUAGAUAGCAUUAGUGAUUCUGCUAAUGCUCCACUUAUAAAAAAUCGUAGGGUUAACAAUAACAGCAAUAACACUGACAUGAAUGUACUGUCUUCCUCAACUUCCAUUAAAAAAAUUAAACUUUCUUCACCAACUUUCACCACUAUUGGAAGUUCCCCAUUGAGAAAUGUUACAACUAAUAACCACCUUAACAAUAAUAUCAACGGUGAUGCUGACAUGGAUCUGAAUAAUGAAUUUAUUUCUAAUAUAAGUAGCUCUCCAUUUAAGAAGACCACUACUAUUCAAGAUGAUACUAAAGUUCUUAAAAAAGAGGAUUUAAAUAAACACAUCCUGUAUGGAGUUGGCUCAAAUGGCAUAUAUAAUGGUGAUGAUGACGAUGAUAAUGACGACGAUGACGAUGAUGUGCAAAUUGGAAGUAGGCGUACAAGAAGGGUUAUCCGGACCGCUGCAACGAACCGUAAAAUUAAUUUAAAUAUGAAAAGUGAAUCAAUAACCGUUUCCCCAUUUGUUACAGCGCCAAAUACCCCUAAUACAACAUUGCAUGAUACUGCAACAUUAUCUUCACCAUUAGUGACCACGAAAAUUUUAAACAGAAUGGAAAAUUCAUUGACAACUAGUGAAAAAUUAACCAAAGAACAGCUUUAUGUUAAUGAUGCAGGUGAUUUAGAAUUUUUUUGGUUGGAUUAUUCCGAGGUUGACGGGACUUUAUUGCUAUUUGGUAAAAUCAAAACAUUAGAAGAAAACAAAUUCGAAUCGUGUAUGCUACAGGUUGAUGGGUUGUAUAAGGAAUUAUAUUUUUUACCCAAAGCAACUCGUACAGUGACAGACAUCCAUGAGGAAAUUAUUCCAUUGUUGAUGGAUAUGUACGGUUUAGAGAAUAUCCGCGCUAAACCUGAGAAAAUGAAAUAUGCUUUUGAAUUGCCAGACAUUCCAAGAAGUGAGACUGAAUAUUUAAAAGUUUUACUACCUUAUAAAACACCUAAAAAUAGCCAUAGAAAUAUCCCAUCUGAUUUAACAAGUGAAAAUAUUGCACAUGUUUUUGGUGGCUCUACUAAAAUUUUUGAAAGUUUUGUAGUCCAAAGAAAAAUCAUGGGCCCUUCUUGGUUGACUUUGUCUGGUGUUGUGUUUGAUCAGUUACGAGGUGCUUCUCACUGCAGAAUUGAACUAAAAGUCAAUAGGCCCAAUGAUGUCCAAUGUAAUACUGGAAUUACUACGAACGAUGUCACACCACCCUUAAAAACUAUGGCCUUGAAUGUUCAAACUAGUAUGAACACGAAUGAAAAUAGACAGGAAAUUGUUAGUAUCACAAUGAACAUUAAAUCUAAUGUGAAUUUAGAUAAUCCAGGAGACGAUAAUAAAGCUACUGUGGAAAAUAAUAUAAUCACCUUGGUGCGCCCCCCACAAAGCUCUACUUUCCCGGUUGGAUUGUCUACUUUAUUGAAAAAAAAAUUUCCGACAAAUACAUUCAGACUUUUUAACAAUGAAAAAACAUUAUUGAACUGUUUUGCUGCUUUAAUGAAGGUGCAUGACCCAGAUGUAAUAGUUGGUCAUAGAUUGGAAAAUGUAGCUCUUGAUAUUAUUUUGUCUAGAAUGUAUGAUUUUAAAAUUGUUAACUUCAGCACGAUGGGCCGUCGUUUACGAAGAGAGUGGCCAGAGAAAUUUAAAAAACAUAAUAAUAACAAUAAUUUUUAUAUUAUUCGCGAUAUUUUUAGUGGUAGACUAAUCUGCGAUAUUGCUAAUGAGAUGGGCCAAUCUUUGACUCCAAAAUGUCAAUCUUGGGACUUGGCUGAAAUGUACUCUGUAACUUGUGGUAAAGAAUAUUCUGUUUUGGAAAUUAAUUUUAACAAGGGCCAAUAUCAAGAAGAUUCAAAUGCUAUGAGCUUGGCUCUGGAAGAAGGUAUGAAUUAUUCUUCUAUGAUUGACGAAAUUGCAACACAAAUUCAAAUAUUAUCUUUAACCAAACAGUUAACAAACCUUGCUGGCAAUUCUUGGAAUCAAACGUUAAGUGGAAACAGAGCUGCAAGAAAUGAGUACAUUUUAUUGCAUGAAUUUACGAGAGAACACUAUAUUGUGCCAGAUAAGGAACUCAAGAGGAGUAACACUACUACUACUGUUAAUAGUGUAAACUCUAAGGACAACAAUACAGUGGGUUCCAAUGGUAGAUCUAAAAAAUCUAAAUACCAAGGUGGUUUAGUUUUUGAGCCUGAAAGAGGGUUACAUAGAAAUUACGUUUUAGUUAUGGAUUUUAACUCGUUGUAUCCGUCUAUUAUUCAAGAAUUUAAUAUUUGUUUUACCACAGUUGACAGAGACCACUUGUUAAAUGCUUCCAAUAGCAAUGAUGACGAAUUUGCUUUGCCCGAAAUUCCAAGUUCCGAUAAAUCACAAGGUGUUUUACCAAGAUUGUUACACACUUUAGUUCAACGUCGUUAUGAAGUUAAAAAAAUCAUGAAAACGGAAACUGAUCCAUAUAAAAAACAACAAUGUGAAAUUAAGCAACAAGCUUUGAAGCUAACCGCUAAUUCUAUGUACGGUUGUUUGGGGUAUGUUCAUAGUAGGUUUUAUGCUAAACCGCUAGCUAUGUUGGUUACUAAUAAGGGCAGAGAAAUUUUAAUGAACACUAGACAACUAGCCGAAAGCUUGAGCUUAACUGUUGUUUAUGGGGAUACAGACUCUGUCAUGAUAGAUACAGGAUGCACUACAUAUAAAGAGGCCAUUAAAAUUGGCGAAAGUUUCAAGAAACUUGUUAAUGAGCGCUACAAAUUGCUAGAGAUAGACAUUGACAACGUUUUCAGUAAAUUGUUAUUGCAUGCGAAAAAAAAAUAUGCUGCAUUAACUUGUUAUUUUGAUGAACAAGGUAAUGAAAAAACACUUUUGGAAGUCAAGGGCUUAGAUAUGAAGCGCCGUGAAUAUUGUCCACUUUCUAAAGAAGUCAGUGCACAAGUUUUAAAGUUAAUUUUUUCUGAUAAAUUUAAUGAUCCUGAAAUGGCAUUACAAGAGGUUUAUUCAUAUUUGGAGGUUACUGCUAAAGAUGUUAAUGAAAAUAAAAUCAAGUAUGAUCAGUUUAGAAUAAACACCAGGUUAUCUAAGGAUCCAUCUCAGUACCCUGGGGGCAAAUCGAUGCCGGCAGUUCAGGUUGCAUUAAGGUUGCGAAAAGCUGGCAGAGUCAUUAAAGCCGGCAGUGUUAUUACCUUUAUCAUAACACAGGCAACCGCUGCAGAAAAUGAAGAAAACACUUUUAAUGGCAACAAUAACGUUGAUGUUGCCAAUCGUGCACGAGCUUUUGUUGAAUUGCUAGCCAAGGGAUCUACAUUACAGCCUGAUCCUGACUAUUAUUUGGAAAAACAAAUUUUCACACCGGUUAAAAGGCUAUUAGAAAACAUUGAAGGUUUUGAUGUGGUUCGACUAGGCAUUAGUCUAGGAUUGGGAAACAAAAGGCAUCUAUUGAAAGUUAGUAGUGGCAACGCCAAUAAUAAUAGUAAUGUGGGUUCUGAUUUGCAACCGUUAGAGUCGACUAUAAGUGAUAGGGAAAGAUUUAAGGACUGCAGAGAAUUGGUCUUACUCUGUCCUCAUUGUGAACAUUGUUUUGCAUAUGGUGGGUUGAUUUCAUCUCCAGACUACGAAAUAACAUUUAAUGGUAUUCGUUGUAAGUAUUGUGAGCAUACUUUGUCUGCAAUUGAAAUUACAAGUCAGGUAGAAAGCAGAAUAAGAGGAUAUAUUGCAUUAUAUUAUGAGGGUUGGCUACAAUGUAAUGAUACGGUUUGUAACAAUAUUACUAGAUCAGUUUGUAUGUACGGUAAGAAAUGUCUAGUGGAAAACUGUAGCGGUGUGAUGCAUUACAAAUACAGCGAUAGAGAAUUAUAUAAUCAGUUAUUGUAUUUUGAUUCACUAUUUGAUGUAGACAAAAAUAAAAUGCAGAAAUUGAGAGCUCAAAGUGAUAAAAGUAGCAGAUUAAAUGAUGGUGAAGUUAGGGCACUGGCCGAACAAAAUAGAGGUUUGUUGAAUGUUAGUAGAGGUGUUGUUCAAAAGUAUUUAAAUGAUUGUGCUCGUAGAAAUUCUAAAUGUAUUCCAAUAUCUAAGACUCCAUCUGCAUCAUCUUCAUAUCAACAAAAACAAAGGCGUCAAUCUAUAAUGCUGCUAUCCGAGUCAGUGCAGAGUCGAAGAUCUUCUGUAUUUUUAGGUGCGAAAAAAUCCAAAAGAUCACAAUUAUCUAAUAAUUCAGUGGAUUCUAAAAUAUUUGUCAAUAUAAACUCCCCAAAUUUUAAAACAAACCACCUUCGUAAUGAUGAAAUUGUAAACAGUCUAAAAAACAAUUAUUUAAAUCACAAUUUCAGCCAUUCGAGUGGUAAGAAUAGCAUAAACUCUUCUUUGGCAAGCAUCAGUGCUCAUUCUUCUGUAAUAGACAACGAUGAUUAUGGGUACGAUUCAGACGUUCACAACCACGGCAAUACCAAAGAAAAUCAUGAUAAUGACGGAGAAGAAGAAAGAGAAGGAGAAGGAGAAGGAGAAGGAGAAGAUUUAAAUUUAAAGUCUCCAGCUGGGGAUAUUACAAGAGAUAUUUAUAUGUAUUCCAAAAGAAACGACAGAAGUAAAAAAAACUGGAGAAAGAAUAAAAUUAGCAAAAAACAUGCUUCUGUUGAUGAUUUAAGCAUAAUAGAAGAAGAUAGAAGAAGAAGAAGUACCGCAAGCGCAAUUAAUGUUCCUGGUGGAUUUAGAAGAGAAUUUAUUGUUCAAAAAGUUAAAAACAACAUGAAGAAUAAAAACACAAAUGGCCACUAUAGUUCUUUAGACAACAAAGACUUAGAGUAUGACAGCGAUGAAAAUGAUAUAGGAAAGAUACCUUUUCUAACACGUAAUUUUUUAGAAUUUUUAUACGUGUACGGUCAUUUUGCAGGUGAGUCUCUUGAGGACGAAAUAUACCCCCCAGAAUUAUUGCCAGACACACAAGAGCCUGAUGAUGAUGAUGAUGAUGAUGCAACUCCGUUGUUAUCCGGUCAAAAAACCAGCAAGCGUAAACAUAAGAAAAAAAAGUUAUCUGCUAAAGGUACAACAUCUACGUUCAAAGCCUUUUUAUUGAUGAUUAAAUCAUUCAUCGGUACAGGUGUCUUGUUUUUACCACGAGGGUUUUCUAAUGGUGGAUUGACAUUUUCCAUAAUAAUGUUGGUAUUUUUUGGCAUAUAUUCCUAUUGGUGUUACUAUAUUUUAAUACAAUCCAAAGUGGCUACAAAAGUGUCAUCGUUCGGUGAUAUUGGUGCCAAAUUGUAUGGGCCAUGGAUGAAAUUUAUUAUUUUGUCUUCUCUAGUUUUAACCCAAUUAGGAUUUUCUGCAGCAUACGUUGUUUUCACUGCUCAGAAUUUGAUGGCAUUUUUAACAAACAUUUUCCAUUUCUCUUUAAAUCAAGAUGCAAACGGGGAUGGCAUUAAAUUAGGUUAUCUUUUAGCCUUCCAAUUUAUAGUUUUCAUACCUUUAUCAUUCAUUAGAAACGUGUCUAAAUUGUCAUUACCAUCAUUAUUUGCCAAUUUUUUCAUUAUGGGUGGGUUAUUGAUUGUCAUUUUUUUCAGUGCAAAGCACCUAAUUUUUGAUUUACACUGCCAACCCGCAAAUGGAAUUAUAUAUGGAUUUAACCCAUCAGACUGGAGUUUGUUUGUUGGUACUGCAAUUUUUGCUUUUGAAGGGAUUGGCUUGAUUAUCCCGGUGCAAGAUUCUAUGAAACAUCCGGAAAAGUUUCCUAAAGUUUUGUUAAUGGUUAUUAUCACUGCAUGUGUUUUAUUUAUUGGCAUUGCAACAUUGGGGUACAUAUCCUACGGUGAUCAAAUUGAAACUGUAAUCUUGUUAAAUUUACCACAAACUAACAUAUUUGUUAAUUUAAUUCAAUUUUUUUAUUCAAUGGCAAUUUUGUUGUCUACCCCACUACAGUUAUUCCCAGCGAUCGCGAUUAUAGAGAGUAAAGUAUUUCCCAAAUUUACCAAAAUAUAUGGGGUUAACGGUGAUAUUACUGAGCUAAGAUUAAAUUCAGGUAAAAACAAUUGGAAAAUAAAAUGGUUGAAAAACACCGUUCGAACAUUUAUUGUCUUUUUGGUAGUAUUUAUUGCUUAUUUUGGUUCAAAUAAUUUAGAUAAAUUUGUCUCUAUAGUUGGUUGUUUUGCAUGCAUACCUUUAGUAUAUAUUUAUCCACCAAUGUUGCACUUGUUUAGUUGUAGUAGACCCAAAUUAGUGGAAGACAAAAGCUUUAGUUUUACCAAAAGAUUUCAAGUAGCAUUGGAUUAUAUACUGAUUGUGUUUGGGACUAUUAGGCAACCUAACAACAAAAUGUCUGCUUCCAAAAAAAGAGGUUUUUAUACUGAAUUUGAACAACAAGAUACUAAAGCAUUAACUACCACAGUUGUUAUUCAAGAAAAUGAAAAUCAAAGUAAUAAAAAUAUCCCAGUUAAGGAGUUAACCUCUGAAAUUGUCUCUAAUCAAGCUUUAUUAGAAAAAUUUAGUAAAUUGAGAAAAUUAAUAGAUUAUCAAUACCACUAUAUUUAUUAUGAGUACCACAAUUUAAAAAGUGCUUUAAAAAAUGAGGGUCAGAACGUAUCUAAUUCGAUUCAAAUGAACAUUAUUAAUGGAAAUGAAUUUGAAAUUAAUGAAAAAUUGGUGCCAUCAAUUUGCUAUUCUUUAACUGCCUUUUACACCGGCCGCAUUAUAACCAACCCAAACAACUGGAAUUCCAUUUUUUUUAAACAAAACAUAAAAAGUGUAAGUGCAAAGUUAUUAACUAGUUUUCCAAGUCGAAUUUUACUGCCAUUUAUUUUUGCAGGCGUCAUUUUCGCUAAGGAAACCCCAAAAACUUUUGAUAAUGUUGCUACCUAUGCCAUGAAAAGAAAUAAAGACGAAUUGUCUUUUGUGGGUAGUUGCAAGAAGUGGCGUAGUGAGAUAGAACAAAAGUGCAGUACCUUAGAAAAAGACAUUGAUUUAAAGUUACAACAGAAUAUACACAGUUUAAGAAAAUUUAUAAUGGAAAGCAUUUAA